AUGUAUUCGUACAAACUAUUGUCCUUUCUCUGCGCUCUCACACUUUCCUUCUCCGAAACCAAAGUAGGAUUCCUUAUCUCAAAACAAGACAGGUACAACAAUGCCCUGAAGAGCUUGUCCAGCUACGCCGCACAGAACGUUUCCUAUACUCUGGUAACAGUGGAGUAUGAUGACACCAAACUGCAGAGCAUGAUAGAAGCAUGUUGUCAGCUGGUGACGGAGGGAGUUUCUGUGGUCAUCACCAAAGGAGAUUCUCCAGACACCGCCAUUCAGUCGGACAUAUUCUCACCCUUGGAAAUACCACAUAUAGCAGUCUCAGCGACCGAUCCGUUUCUUUGGAAUAAAAAUCGGGAAUACAUCAUUCGAAUGUUGGCAUCGGAUUUUUAUCAGAGUGAAGCUAUCUACGAUUUGAUCAAAUAUUACAACUGGCACGAAGUUUCAAUUCUGGCAACGGCAGAUUCGUAUGGACUAAACGGGAUGAUAAAACUAGAGAAUUUACUUUUAACAGACUCAAGUGUAGAGUUAAAAGAUUUUCUCAUUUUCUCAGCAGAUAAUACUACAACGGAAAUAUCAGGCCCACUGUCAGAGAUCCGGCACUCCCUUGUCAAGGUUAUCGUACUCAAUGCCGCAGCUGAGUUUGGGAAACGUGUCCUGGAAAAGGCCCACGAGAUAGGUCUGAUGGGACCAGAAUAUGUGUGGAUAGUUACAGAUGCCAUUGCGGCACAGCCUCAAUAUUUAGCGGAAGAUAAUGGUAACUCCUUGAGUUUUUAUGAGGGAUUAAUAGGGAUCAAGCCAGCUCAAAUAAAAAGUAGCAAGUACAAGAAAUAUAAGGACUCUUACAUUUUGAAUGUCGGUAAAGCUGAAGAUUUGACCAGUUACACAGAUCUUACUUUUGAUGCAAUAGGAUUUGUUGACGAAGCACUGAUCGGAGUUUCAGAGGACAUUACACAAGACGUGGAUUGUUCUUCUGAAUCAGAAGGUUGGAACCAAGGUAAAACUGUUCUGGAUUCAAUACUACAAACCAGAAAGGAAUGA